GAGCGGGGUCGGUGGGCCGGGUGGCGGCGAGCAGGGGACGCCGCAACGGCGGGCAGGGGAAGGAAUUUCAGAGAUCGACGCAUCACCUGUUGUUGGUGAUCUGGCAAGGUUGGUGAGCUGCUGCUUCUAUACUUUUACUGCUGCGUGACGGCGUGAGCACACAUUCCUGCCGGAAGAUUGCAAAUGUAUGGGCACGAGAGAGACAAGCAAAUCGGAGAAGAGGAAGAGGAAGAACAACAAGAGCAUGUCUUGCUAGAGCUGGAUGGUUGUCUCUGCUCCAACAUUCAACCAAACGCCCCUUAUGUGCUCUCUGGUUUAGAUACAUUGACUCCUAACUUGAUAGUAGGUGACGGCGUGAAGAUGAUUGGAGAGUACGAAGGAACGGUCGGCACAUAUUAUUUAUUUUCGGAAAGUGAUGCUUCACCAAACCCAGUUCAUGAUCAUACUGAACCUCCCAAAGUAAAUCAGGACAAGCUAGGCAACACUAAUAAGGAAGGACCAUCCAAGGAGGUGAAACAUCUUGCAAGCGUUCAAAAGAUCCUGAAAUUCCGGUCGAUCAAUGAGGACCAUCAGGAGCACAGAGCAUAUCAGCAUAAGGAUAAGGAGUUUUCCUUUGACCCUUCAAAUAGAAUGUAUAGAAAUACGCCUUGAAACAUGAUUAUGCAUCAUCCGUGUCCCAGAGCUGACGGGGCGCCUUCUUGUCAUGCCAAAAGGUACGGUUGUGUGAACAGGACGGCAGUGCCUAAUUUGUGUGAUCAGACAUGACUUGGCUAACAUGACAAUGUUUUUCUAGAGACCAGCUGGGAGAUGCUUAUUCCAAUUAGCUGCCUUGCAUUAGCUGCAUGCCAAUACGUAAAGACCAAAUUACAUCUAUGAUAUACGAACUUGGCUUUAGGGUUUAUUUUGCUCACUGUGUUUUAGGAAGGGUGAAAAUAUAUGACCAUUAUAAUUGCUAAAAUAUCUCACUAUUCAGUCAA